AUGGAGACCGAUCCCGAGUUCGCCUCAAAGGGUGCGUCUUUCUGCACGCUUAUUGCGCGCGCUGCCUCUCCAUCGACUUCGCUGAAUCCAUUCGAUACAGAGAGGUCGCGCAAACGACAAGCCUAUGAAAAUCGGAAAAGACGUAUCGAGCAGGGAGAGGAACCUCCUACCAUAUCGCCCGCACAAAGGUCCGCUGAAUGGCGGAGGAAGAAAAAAGCGGAAGAUCCCGAUUGGGCCAACAAAGAUAAAGAACGCAGAAGCAACGCCCAUCUGGAAAAGAUAAAACAACUGAGUGAGGCCUAUGCGACUGAGCAGACUGAGAGUCAGGACGAGGACGCGGAGGGAGAAAGCUAG